AUGAUUGAUCUGUGCUAUCUUUUCUUCGUUUUUGCAGCCUAUUAUACCAAUGCUUCUCCGAUCGCCCUUCCACAAGCAGUCACAGCCCUGAUAUCACCUUCAGCACCGUCGCAGCCGGGUUGCACAGGAAGCUAUCCUGGCGUUUUCGGUAUUGCAGUCAUGAACAUAUCGACUUCGACGCCUGAGACCACCAGCGCGACACUACCGAGGAGAAGACAGGAAUCCGAAUCUCGUCCCGCACCGAUCUUCACGAUGGCCGCCGUUUCUCAGAUUGGAGACGGCCAGGUGCAAGGAGGGAUGCACACGUUGACUAUGGCGCCUGUGUCGCAGAUCGAGGAUGGCCAGAUUCAGAAUUCGGCGGCCGCUUUCGCGGCCGGCUACUCUGGACAACAGUCUGCUGCCUGCGCUACCGCUACGGCUACGUCAACGGCAUCAAGUACAAGUAUGAUCGGCGACAAGCCGCCGACUGUCCUCGAGCAGGCAUGUGGCAUAUCAGUGCGGCCCACGGCCAGCCCAGUCAUGCUGCUCCCGCCUUCUGGUGGUGACGCUGCUUCUGCUUCUGCUUCCGCCGCCGUUCCGUCUACUACUACCUCGGUCAACAUAUCUACGUCGAGCAGCCGCACGAGCAUAUCUACAUCAUCCCCGACAAGUACGGCCGAGAGUGCGCCAUCAUCACCACCGAGACCGUUGACGCUGGUCUCGUGCUUGACGAAUUCGACGCUACGCUUGAGUCUAAACGACGGCGUUCUUGUCGACGGGAAAAAUCGCACGGGGUAUAUCGCAUCGAAUCUCCAGUUCCAAUUCGACGGGCCGCCACAGUCUGGCGCGAUAUACACGGCGGGCUGGAGCGUGUGUCCUGUUGAUGCUGGCGAUGGAGGGCAAGGGCAGAUGUCGCUCGCGCUUGGAGGGAAUACGACGUUUUAUCAAUGUCUUAGCGGGAAGUUUUAUAAUUUGUACACGGAAAACUGGGCGGCGCAGUGUAGUCCGGUGCAAUUACGGGUUGUUCGGAUGGCUUCGAGAUAUCUGAUCAAGGGCGGGCGUGUCCUCCUUUUCGACCAUGACAAGAAAUCCUCCUUUCCUCAACUAGACAUCCUGGUCGAAGGCCAACGCAUCACCAAGAUCGGCCCAAAUCUAUCUCUGGACAACCUCCAAUCUGUCGAAGUGGUGGACGCCUCUGACCACAUCGUCACGCCAGGUUUCAUCGACGGCCAUCGCCACGUCUUUCAAUCCCAGCUUCGCUCUACAGUCGGCAACCACACAUUGCUCGAGUACUGCGCACACCUCCUCCAAGGACGGAUGGUCUUCCUUGACGCGCAGGACAUGUACCUCUCGCAACUCUCUGGCUGUGCCGAGGCGAUCUAUUCGGGAGUGACCACAGUCAUGGACCACUCUCACGCCGUGACAACACUUAACCGUGCACGUCAAUGCAUCAAAGCCACCCUCGAGUCCGGGAUCAGGAGCGUGUAUUGCGCCGCGCCAUUCGCCAUCCCCGUGUCUCUCAACCCACUGACUCUGCCUGAUAUGUCCGUACAGCACGCCAAGCAGAUCGAUAUGAUCAAGCAGCUGGCCACAGAGCGUCCCCUGGGCGGCCCUGCCAACGAUGGCCGGGUCAAGCUGGGCCUGGGCUUCGACAUGAUGCACCAUAUCCCGCAGGAGAUUAGUCGCGAAAUCUUGACCUUCGCGAAGAAGAACAAUAUUCCUACGACGAUGCACGACGUGCCGCGAUACAAUUUGCCUGCGCUGACUUACUUGAGGGACAACGAUAUGCCACUCCCCAAAGUCACGCUCUCACAUACCUGUGAUCCUGGCGCCGAAGAGAUCAGAUGGGUCAAACAGCACGACAUCGGAAUCGUGUGCACGCCAGAGUCUGAAAUGGCAAUGUCCCAUGGCCACCCAUCUGGCCUCGACUUUCACCAGUCCGACUGUCGUGCCGGGCUGGGCGUCGACUCGCCCGCUAUAUGUUCUGGCGAUCCGUUCUUCACGAUGCGUCUUGCUCUGCAGGAGAAGCGACUCCGCGAGAAUGCGAAAUACCAUGCGCGCGGGAAAUUACCUGACCUCGUCCCUGCGAAGACUGAUGAAGUGUUGUACAUGGCCACGUUGGGCGGCGCAGCGGCCAUACACAUGGAAUCGGAAAUCGGAAGUCUGGAGGCAGGCAAAUUCGCCGACGUAGUGCUCAUCAGGACGGAUACCCCGAGUAUGAUUUCGGCUGUGGAUUAUUCUGCGGCCCUCGUAACGCAUUGCAUGGCAAGCGACGUGAGGUCGGUCAUGAUCAACGGGGAGUGGGUGAAGAGGAAUGGCAGGUUGUUGAGCGUCAACUGGGAUGAGCUGAAGGGGCAAUUGCAGGAAAACAGGGCUGUUCUGGAGAAAAGAUGGGAAGGAGUCGAUUGGGAGGAGAAUAAGUCGGACUUGAAGGAUCUGUGGCAUAUUAGGUGCGUGAUGGAAUAG